CAUCAAUAAAAGGCCUCGUUCACCACCCCCAUUCCCUGCAUUCCAUACUCGCAAACCAAACACUUCAAUCUCCCAUGGAUUCCUCUGUGACCUCUCUCUUCACAUUGUUCUUCCUGCUCUUUUCAUUUCAUCAACAUGCUCUGGCCCUCAUCGUUGACGGACUGCUGCCGAAUGGAAACUUCGAGUACGGACCGAAGAAGUCGGAGAUGAACGGGACGAUCGUCACGGGGCGGUACGCCAUACCGAACUGGGAGAUUUCCGGCUUCGUGGAGUACAUAGAGUCGGGGCACAAGCAGGGGGACAUGCUGCUGGUGGUGCCUGAGGGAGCUUACGCGGUGAGGCUGGGGAACGAGGCGUACAUCAAGCAGAAGGUAACGGGGCUGGUCGUGGGGAUCUAUUACUCCAUCACGUUCAGUGCCGCUAGGACGUGCGCGCAGGCGGAGAGGCUGAACGUGACGGUGGCGCCGGACUCCGGUGUGCUGCCGAUGCAGACCAUUUACAGCAGCGACGGAUGGGACUCGUACGCCUGGGCAUUCCAGGCCGAUUUCACGGAGGCGGAGAUCAUCAUCCACAACCCGGGCGUCGAGGAAGACCCCGCCUGCGGGCCCCUUGUCGACUCCGUCGGCUUUAGGACCCUCUAUCCUCCUAGGCCUACAAACAAGAACCUCUUGAAGAACGGGGGCUUUGAAGAAGGACCAUAUGUGUUCCCAAACACUUCAUGGGGAGUGCUCAUCCCCCCCAACAUUGAGGAUGAUCACUCUCCCCUGCCAGGAUGGAUGAUUGAAUCUCUCAAGGCUGUGAGAUAUAUCGACUCCGACCACUACCUGGUUCCACAAGGUCGACGAGCCGUUGAGCUUGUAGCAGGGAAAGAGAGUGCCAUUGCUCAAGUUGUGCGCACUGUACCAGGCAGAAACUACGUGCUCACCUUUGCAGUGGGUGAUGCUAACAACAAGUGUGAAGGUUCCAUGAUAGUUGAGGCUUUUGCAGACAGAGACACAAUCAAAGUGCCGUACGAAUCGAAGGGAACUGGAGGCUUCAAAAGAGCUGAGCUCCGGUUCAAUGCUGUUUCGGCUCGCACCCGUAUCAUGUUCUUAAGCACAUUUUAUCAUACAAGAAUUGAUGCAGCUCUCUGUGGUCCUACCAUAGAUGAUGUAAAGCUGCUUAGCAUGAGGACUGUACCACAUAAGCUUGGGAGAAUUAGAGUAUAAGAAUGUGUUUGUGGUUGUGUGUGUGUGUGUGGGAGAGGGUACAUGCUAGCACUGCUGCUUAAGUGAGUGCAUCUACUUGGCUAAGCUUCAACAUAUUCCAUAUGGAAAUAUUUAUACGAUACUGCUGAUAUUGAUCAGAGCUAGUUCACAUGUUGAAAAGUGAACUUUGGUGUGGAAAUUGCAUAUGCUACUGUUGUUUUCCAGCAAAAAAAUGUCAUUUUGGGCAUUAAUGAUACUGAAUCUUCAGAGAAGACUUUCCACAAUUAUGUCAAUAAGAUUAUGACCUGUUCUGAGUUGUCUAUAA